AUGCCUGUCACGACCACUUCGCUUGCCAUUGGUAUCAUCGCAGCGGUGCUCCAGGCCCUGACAGUUCUCAGACUUCUGGUGUUUCUGUGGCAAAGUUGCCGGAAGAGUCGGAGCUGUGCAGCACGUUGGUGCCGCGGCUGUUGGGCGCAGUGCGAGAAGUGGCUGGGAAAGGUGUCAGGAACAAAGAAGCACAUCAAAGCAUGCCGAGAUAUACAGCGCACCAUUCUCCGAGGAUUCUGCGCAUGUUUUCUGGUCGCCUCAAGCAUCCGGUUCGUACACGUACAGGUCAACGUGGCAGCCAAUGUUGAUCCAGUAUAUCUAGCAGUGGACAUUCCGCUACUUGUAGCUCAUGCCAUGCUGCUUACUGUGCUUCUUUCACCAUACCAGAUUUCACCACUGGCAUUGGAUUUUCUGCAUGCAGCUGGGCAGCUCCUUUGUGCUGUGGUCAUCUACUUCUCCGAGGAGGAAGACUUGCAAUCUUUAGUUCAUAUGAUGCUACUUCCUCGGCUGGUGACUGCCCUCUGGGCUCAGCACGGCUGGAAGGCACUUGUUGGACACUGCCUCUGCAGCGGGGUCCUCUGGUGGCGAGAUCCAGAUAUGAUGUACGCAGCUUUUGAGACCCUCGGCUCUCAAAUGAUCCUGACUUGCAUCCUGCACCGUCACAUCUCGUUUCUGGCCCAGCAGCAGAUCAACUUGAGCACCAAGCGAGUUUCCAUAGAUGACGCAGCUGCCCUCAUGAGCGGUGUUUGCGAUUGUGUGGUGGAAGUGGACUCGUCCUUCAAGCUCUUGGAGGAGUCUCCGCAGCUUGGAACAAUGCUAUUCUGUGAGAAUUCCGCCGCUACUAUGGCUGGAGCAGAUUUUCUGGAUUGUGUUGUGAGCGCGGAUCGUCCUGGAGUGGAGUCUUUUCUACAGUGUGAUGGAGGCUCAAACCCAACAAUGAUCGCCAGACUCAUAGAUUCUGCCGGCACCCAGAUCAAGGUUGAGCUGCUCCAACUUACUUUCUUUACGGGUUCUGGGGCUUCCUGCCGCUUAGUUGGUAUCAGAGAAUCCCCGGACUUCACCGGAAGUACUAUAUCACCCCUCAAGUCAGACGGCGCUAUCUCCUCCGCCGGGGGCAAGGGUGUUCCGGACUGUUCCAUCGCGUUCGAUGCCGUGACGUUCGACAUCCUUGUUGCCAGUGAUGAGUUUGAGAACCUCUUUGCUAGGUGCACCGGCCACUUUGCUGACUUUGAGCAGAUGAGCAUUUAUGACCUCUCGCCAGAUGUUGGUGAGACCUCGCUGAGCAGGCGCAUACAAGGAGCAGUGAACUCUUUCAAUCACACAAAGGCACUGCCUGGAGAUGCGCGGCUUAUGCUGGGGAGCUUCAACUUCCUCGGUGUGUGCACAGUGAAAGCCGUUCUCAACUUGGAGCAUGACCCGGCCCUUGGCACCUUGGUGGGCACUUUGCGUUGCAUGGAGCACCGCGAGAAGCCUGCCGGAAGAGUGCGAGCCAAGAGGCAAAGCCUUGCCCGCAAAAGCUUGCAAGGCGCACCCCCUACACCGCCACCAGAACGCAGCAACAAGAAAACCCUGACGUACCUGUAG